AUGACUGGAAAACAGACCGAAGAGGCUUUAAAUCGACUGAGAAUGCUCUUGAUUAUAUCUGAGUUCAGACUGCUGGAGAAGAUGUUUCACUUGUUUGUUUUUUGCAGUUUGUGCUUUUGGCAUCUGGUUGUGUUUGCUGAUUCAGAUGCAGCGAAGUCAGUGUCAGUGACGGAGGGAGGUUCAGUCUCUCUAGAAUCUGGUGUUACUGAAAUACAGACAAAUGAUCUGAUAACAUGGACUUUUGGACAUCCAGAGACUCGUAUAGCUCGAAUCAGUAAAGAGGAUGGAAUCUUCUCUACAUCUGAUGGUGAUGCUGUGGGAUUCAGAGACAGACUGCAGCUGGAUCAUCAGACUGGAUCUCUGACCAUCACAAACACCAGAACCACAGACUCUGGACUUUAUACAGUAAACAUCAAAGGCACGAAACUGACCACAUAUAGAUUCAGAGUUACUGUCUAUGCUCGUCUGCCUGUUCCUGUCAUCAGCAGCUCUGAACCUCUGAUAGUGUUGACUUCUGCUGCUGCUGCUGUAUCUCUGCUGCUUUUAGCUGCAGUCGGGAUCUUCUGCAUCUACAAGAGACACAGAAAAACAGACCAAGAAGGCAAGAGUUUCCUAUUGCUGACACGUCUGUAA